AUGAUUAAACAACAGCAACCACAACAACUUAAGGCACAGACCAUUACAUACGCCACAUAUGCAUAUAAUUCAAAGACGGCAGAACAAACGCAAAGGUUGAAAUAUGGAGAUUUGGAGAUAGUAUUGAAAAAUGACCAUUUCGAAUUCGUUUGCAAGGGUGGUGCAGUGAUAUCAAAUAUAAAAGAAAUUUUAUUUAUGAAUUCUAAAAUUAAAGGUAUAACGGAUGAUAUAACAUCAAUUUCACCAGAAGAACAGAGACAUUACGCAUUAAAUGCAUUUCCUAAAGUUUUGAAGAUUGGAAGAUUUAAUUUAAAUGAGGAAUUCAUAGAAGGUUUCCUAAACGACAUAAUGAAGAAGGCAAAUUUGGUUUAUGUUGAUGAAAAAGAUAAUGAAAUUAAAGAAAGGGUUGAAUGGUAUCAUGAAUGGACAUCAAAGAUUUUAAAAACUAAAGCCGAUACAGGAUGGGUUUCAGGAUGUUUAGACCUUAAAGCGGAUAAGGAAUAUGUUAACGAUGAGUUAGAGAAGAAGGCAGAUAAGGAAUAUGUUAACGAAAUAUACCAAAGUUUGAUAGGAACAAAAAAUAUUGAAACUAUUGUUGGUGACUUUUCUGUCAAUGAAGAAAAUAAAUAUUUUAGAUGGCAGUUUGUACACUCCUUAAAAAAUGGUAUACGGUGGAAACUCAUUCCGAAAAAUAACAAUGGAAUGUAUGUAAGUUAUAAAAAGAAUGAUGACACACAAGUUAAAGUUCCAUUAGACAACAACUGUUACUUAAACUUAUAUGGAGACGAACAAAAGAAAUAUUUAAGAGUUUAUGAAAUGGCAGAUAUGACAUUGCCUGACCCAGCUCCAGCACCAUAUUAUUAUGACUAU